AUGGUACUCCGCAGGGUGAUGAUUCAGUUUGUCGGCGGGAACGAGCCCUACUGGAAAGGCUACAGCUGCGCCCUCUUGCUGGCCGCCUCCAGCAUAGCUGCGAACCUCCUCUACUCCCAGAUCUACUACUUCUCGGUUCGCCUGGCGCUCAGCGUCAAAACCACGCUCAUCGCCUGCCUCUACAGGAAGGUGCUGACCGCUUGGAGUACUGGCGGGGACCAGAUGACCGCCGGAGAAGUGAUCAACAGCAUCACAUUGGACACAGACAAGGUGGCCCAGACGUUCGUCGUCGUCGGCGAUAUGUGGGGUGCACCCCUGCGUCUGCUGUUUACCAUGGCGAUGCUUUGGCAGUACUUAGGACCCUCCAGCCUCGUCGCCAUUCUUGUGGUGGUGAUUGUGCUGAUCGCGUCAUUCGCCCUCGCGCGCCGAGUGCAGGCGGUUCAGACCGAUCAGAUGGCGACCAAGGAUCUUCGCAUCAAACAUGUCAAUGAACUUCUCAGCGGGAUUAAGAUAUUGAAGCUGAACGCCUGGGAGCGGCCGUUCGAAGAACGCGUCGUCAACUCCCGCAAGAAGGAAGUCCAGAUGCUGCACAACAUCGUCCACUUGUACAGCGUCAUGAACUUUGUCUGGAACUGCAUCUCCUUCCUCGUGCGUAAAUUGUUUUAUAAAACUAAACUCAUAUUUGCGAGAAACCAAAACGGUCGUGACAUGGCGAUUCUUGCGCGGUUCUAG